UCACCUCCAGUCCUUCGUGAACGCGCCGCCGGGAACGUCGGCCACGAACGCAGCGACGACGAGGCGAAUCGACCGGAUGUCAGUCUCCUUCUGCGCCCGUAGGAAAAUUAUUGCUGACUCCGCGGAUUGAUAUUUAGAAUGAAGAAGUAUAAGGAGUGCAGUGCCUAAGGGGGAAAAAAAAAAAGAGGCGACGGUCGGCGAAGCGGUCGUCCCCGCAAUCUCACGAGAUAUCGGCACUCGGUGACCCCGCCUGACCCGUUUGGCGGCCUUGUCAAUAAAAACUGAUAUCGCCGCAAAUUGCGCCUGUUGGGAUUCCUAGAAAAAAGGAAGCAGAAAUUGACAACACGGAUGAUUUCGUAAGUGUUCAAUAUCACGAUCCAUGCAUCGAGAUCGUCAGAACAAGAACGGGACGCUCGUCCGAGGCAUUUGGCAGGGGCGUAUACUGAUAUAUACGAGUCGCAGGAUAACGAACUGCCGUUUAAACUCGACAUCGGGCCCGGCGAGGUCCUCAGUAUCGACAAGGUAAUGUCGGGGUGACGACGUGUAUACCGUUUUUUUUUUUUUUUUUUCGAUGCACCCAACGUACCCGAGCGAACCGUCAGCGGAUUAACUUGCGCGCGCUUGUAAAUCAGAAACCUACGGGGAAGAGGUCAAAUUAAGGAGGGAUCGAUCCGGAUUACAGUGGGAAAAAUGCGUCUACUCGCGGAGAUUCUUAUCGUUACCCUUGUAGGGGGUAUCGCGGCCGAGUGGCCGAUCAACCCCCUGAUGAGGGUGUGGUACACAUUCCUUCCCCAUCCGUCGUCCGAAUCGCCGACCGACAAGGAGAACGAGUGCGCCGGCUGCGCGCAGAAUAAAGUUAACCUGAUCGAUCCCGACCCGUUGUUGACCGAGCUGAGAGUGGAGUACGUGAAGCAGCAGAUCCUGAAGAAGCUGCGGCUGUCAAAGCCGCCCGAGGUCUCGAUGCCGCUGUCGACCCUGCCUAAGCCCUUGAUCAACGGCAACGUGCUCCGACCCGACUUGGAAAGGCCGGCGGAGAAUUUUUACGGGAAAACCAACCAGGUCGUCGUCUUUCCCACCGAAGGUGUGGCCGAUUCGAAAUAUCAUCACAGUUCGAAUCACAUAACGGGGUUCAAUCCGGCUACCUGUUUCACGUUUGAUCUACCGAACGAGAUGCUGUACGUCGACGUAACCGCGGCGGAGCUUUGGUUCUACAAGGAACAGGUCGAAAAUGACGACGAGCUCAAGCAGACAUUCGUGCUAUCCGAGCUCGAUCACUGGGACCUGGGCGGCAGAUUCGAAAAGAACACUGUCAGAGCAAUCUUCGAGACCGAUAUAGGAGAGGGUUGGGUGAAGACAGACGUAGGAUUUGUUGUGAGGAACUGGAUAACCCUACGCCGAUUGAACCACGCCAUUCAGUUGGCUUGCACGACCUGCUCGACCGAUCGCGAAAGAGCGCCAGUGUCCACCGAGCAGACCUUAAAACCAUUCCUGGUGAUCUACACGGAGCCGUUGCCGCAGCGAAACAGACCCAAGAGGCACUCGAAUUGCCUGCCCGAGAUGACGGAGUGUUGUCGGGACGAGCUCUACAUUAAUUUCACGGAUAUCGGUUGGAGCGACUGGAUCUUACACCCCAACGGAUAUCACGCGUACUUCUGCCGAGGAUCCUGUUCCACGCCGGCUGCCUUAACCGUCAGCGGAUCGGAAUAUAACAACGUUAUCAUGAAGUUGAUGACCAAGAAAGGGCAUCAAAAGAACAAGAUAGUGCCAUGUUGCUCGCCGACGCAGCUCGCCCCGUUACAGCUGCUCUACGUCAACUCGAACAACACGAUCACGCAGAAAACAUUGCCGAACAUGGUGGUGGAAGCCUGCGGUUGCAUGUGACACCGCUCUGCCCCGAGGGCAGAGGAUGAGCGGAACCAUUACCCGUCGGCGACGACGAGAAGACGAUGACCAGGAUCUCACGCCGUCCACCCCCUCAGCCCCCCUCCCCCGCGUCCCAACGACUUUCGCUCGCGCUUAAUCGUCGUGAAACCGAACUUGGUUGGAAACGCUCGCAAAAUCCGUUCGUCUUGAUUCGAACGCGAAGACAAGUACGGAUCGAGAGCGGAAACGUACGAGAGCGACGAUCACGGCGUCGAGAUAGCAGGUGAUUAGAAGAUAAAAGGGCACGCUAUUGUCACGUCACGCGAGCUCACAACUCUUUCUCACGUUGUACCGUUCAUAAUCCGUUGGCUGUGUGUACAUAGUCUGUAUCUCAUUGAUAUUAUGUAAAUCAUAAUUUCCCUAUCUUUCUGCGCCGCGCGAUGUGACAUGUGAUUUUCGCGUGUGCGAAUCAUGCUUGAAAAAGACGCGAUGUGCGUCGCGCGUGUGAUGCACCAUCCGUUUCGAUAAAGUGCCUCGUGUGCCGCGACGCUUUAGCACAUAUUCCUUUUUUUUUUUUUUUUAUAUAUCAAAGAAAAACGAACGCAAUCGAUGUACGAUUCGUUCGAUGACGCAAUAUGACGAGAUACGAGCUUUUCGUGAUGCAACAAUGGUGUGCUGCCCGAAACUUGGAAUCCCAUCCUUAGGUUGAUUGCUCAAGCCACGAAAUCGACUCGAGCUAACGCUUGCGGCGCCAGGGGAAAUUAAGGCGUAAAUUAAGGCGAGCCGAAGCGUGGAGAGAGCUCGUUACGUAUUUUAGCGUAAAUACCGACAUCGCCCUCCCCUCCCCCUCUCCUCUCCCUGCGUGCCCGCCGUACGUCUACGGAGCCGAUAGCGAGAGAGAGACAAUUUCGGGCAAUUUCGACAAUGAACUUUACGCGCGCCCCUGUGUUGCCCCGUCUGACCACGUAACAGGCCGUUUCUACUAGACACAUCUAGCCGAAAAAACACUCUGACCCACGCAGAAUGCAGAUUCGGACCAAUUACUUUUUAACGAAGGGACAUAAUUUAUACAAUAAGACAAUGUGUAGUGAAAGUUGUAUUAGAUUCCUUAAUCUAAGUUGUUUUUUUACGUACGCGAAUUGGAAAAGAGAAGCUUAUACUUUUGAGGGUUUACAUUUUAAGAAGAUAUGCUCAAACUCAGUCUCACUCACCCUAAGCGACAGAUAAGCGCUUUUACUUCCAGUUUCAAAUUGUCGUCACACUUGCGAGGAGAAAAAAAAAAUUCCGCACGUAAUGCUGCGCUAUCUCUAAGAUAACAUUUCAUGAAUGGAUUAAAUCAAUCGUGUCAAUUGCUUUUUAAUCUCUGUCCACAGUCAUUUGACAUCAAACAUCUGUAAGAGAUACGUCUAACUAUAAGCAAAUUUGCCAUUGAACUUUGCACGUCGUAAUUUCUGCGUCUCUCCGCGUAAAAGAAAAACGGGCCGUGUAAUAAAAUUACGCGAUAAACACCACUUGAGGAAGAUAUGGCGACAAUUUAGAUAGAGCCGACAAUAAUAUAUGCGCGGACAAACAACUCGCGACAGAAGCCGUACAGUAUUUUCUCACUAUCUAAUGCAACAAUCCGAAAACUGUUAAAUAUCGAUCCCACGGGCUUGUAAUUUAAUUUAAGAUGCGCGAUAGGCAUAUUCGUAAAUUUUAUUUAUUGCUAAAAUAGGAUUAAAAACGUCGUCACCUUCUCGUUGACGGUUUUAGCUCGCGGGCAUGACUAAAGCAAGGCAAUAUAAUGCAAUAACGAUUACUCUAGAGGUAAAUACGUGCGAUUAUGGCGUAUGGUAUAUUAUUAAGCGGCACGCUAAGCGCCGACUGUGGUUGACACGUCAAGAUAAACGGCGAGUGACUUGACUUUGUCGAAAACUCUCGGGACAAUAAAACGCGAUCCGAUAUUAUCGAUGUAUUUUCUCUGUUUUUUUUUUUUUUUUUUUUUUAACGGAAAUUUUACGAGAGACUAGCGUUGAUAGCGCGAGAUAAGCGAGAAAUCAGUUGAUUUUUCCCGGCUUUCGAACGCUACAAUGCUCGAAACCGACGAGAUGGAUUCUUUUCAUAUUUCAAUUCUCAUAAUCUUCCAAGCCGCCAUAGUCAAUCUUAUAUCAAAACGAUAUAGUGCUAAAAGUUAAUCUUUCUUUUUUUAAGCUACAUGUGUGAUGAAGUUUUUCACUAAAUAUAAUGUAUUUAUUCAAAUAAAAUAAUUAAUGCACUCUCGAAUAU